AUGGAAGUAAUCAAGAAUCAACAGCUAAAAAUCAACAAACUGAAUAAGGAGCUGCUAUACAUGGAGGCUUACUCAAGAAGAGAAAAUUUAAUUAUCACUGGAAUUCCUGAGUCUCGAGAAGAUACGGGUGUGGAAGACACUGCCAAGGUGUUAGUAGAUUUUAUGGCGAAUGAACUUAAUGUUUCAAACGCCGCUGAUAUCGAUUUUCAACGAGUUCAUCGCCUGGGCAAGCCAAAGGAUAAAGGCCCGAGAGCUAUUAUCACUCGUUUUCUGAAGUAUCCUGAAAAGGAGAGAAUCUUAUUGCUGGGGAAGCAUCUGCACGACAUGGAUAUUCAUAUGUUCUCAGAUUACCCUGAAGAAAUUCAACGAUCGAGGAAAUGACAACUUAAGAAGCUCAAAGAUGCAAAACAAGCUGGAAAAAGGGUUGUCUUUAGCAAAAGCAAGCCAGAUUUGCUACACAUCGAUGGAUUCCUUGUCCCUGAAUAAACGGGAACUGAAUUUUGACUCAGGCUGUAAGCCUAUCUGACUUGGUAGAACUAUCUUAGAUUAAAUUGAAUUGCAGCCAUAGAGCGUAACAUCUCACUUCGACCUCUUAGCUUUUCUUCAGAGGCUGCAGGGGCUUUAUAUGGACGGUGUAUCUUUCACUCACUGUUGUGAAAGGUUACACAACAGGUAAGCUUUUUCCUUUUUUUUUUUUUUUCUCGCUAUGUUGUUAUCUUUAUUAUUAUUAUUAUUCUUUUUGUUACUAUUAUUAUUUUCCUCUAAUUUAAAAAUAAAAAUUCUUUUUAGUUUUACUUUAAUUUGCAUAGGCUGCAAAUAUUUGUCGCAUGGAAAUUUUUGCAUCUUCUCUUCAUAUUUACACUUAAAACUUAAGGUGCUGGGAAACACUGUAAGCUUAAUUACAUGGCUAUUGUUUUCUUUUCGGCUGGGAUUAGUUUUGUUGCUGGGCUAUUUGAUGAGCCAUUGUAAAAGCAGAAGCUUAACUAAGGGCGGCUAUGACAGAUUUUAAACUCGUUUCUUUGAAUGUGCGAGGCUUACGCUCUAUUAACAAAAGAAAAGCUUUAUUUAUGUGGCUCACAAAACAAAAAGCAGAUAUUGUUUUCCUCCAGGAAACCUAUAGCUCCAUUGAAGAUGAAAAUUUUUGGAAUACGCAGUGGAAAGGCAAAAUGUUAUUUUCACACGGCUCACACUAUAGCAAGGGCACCUUGGUAUUAAUAAAACAAGGCCUAGAUUUUGAACAGAAAUCGGUGUUAUGCGAUCCGAAUGGUCGGUUCAUUAUUUUAGAGGCUGUGGUACAAGAUACUCCCGUUUUGCUUGUAAACAUUUACGCACCAAACAAAAUUCAUGAACAAGAAGCCUUUUUUAAAAAGAUUGAAAGCCAGCUGGAUAGAUUCGAUUUUGAUCCAAAGUGUAAAACCAUCAUAGGUGGCGAUUUCAACAUUUUCUUUGAUGAUAUUUUGGAUUGUCUUGGUGGUAAUCCAAAGAUUAAACAAAAAAGUGUGGAUAUUGUCAAAGACAUCAUGUUAGCCAAUGAGUUAACAGAUGUUUGGAGAAUGUGUCACCCAGGAAAAAAGCGGUUCACAUGGAGACAACCUAACUCUACCAUUCAGCGUAGGUUGGACUUUUGGUUAAUAAGCAAUUUGUGUCAAGAGGAUAUUUCUUCUACCGACAUUAUUCCUGCAAUUAAAAAAGACCAUUCAGCUAUCACCUUGAUCUUUAAAAAGGUCGCUGAUCACAAACCAGGCCCUUCUUAUUGGAAAUUUAAUUCAAGUCUUGUUGAUGAUUCUAAAUACAUUGAUUUCAUUAAGAGCUCACACCCAAUGUGGUUAGUGGAGUACAAGGAUAUAACUAGCAAACACCUUCUCUAG